AUGGUAGAGGAAAAGUCGGAGGCUGAUUCUUGCGUUGAGGAAUCUUUGCGGUUGAUUGACGACCUGAAGUUCUUCCUAGCCACAGCUCCUGCCAAUUGGCAGCCGAACCAGGUCAUUAGGCGGUAUUACCUGAACAGUGUCGAAGGAUUUGUUUCCUGUGUCUACUGGAAUGAUCUUUAUUACAUCACUGGAACAGAUAUAGUGCGGUGUAUAUCCUACAAGUUUGAGAAGUUUGGUAGGGAAGUCACCGAUCGCAAGAAGUUUGAAGAGGGGAUAUUUAGUGAUUUGAGGAACCUCAAGUGCAAUAAGGAUGCCAUCUUGGAAACUCCGAAAUCUGAAUUCCUGAGCUUUUUGCACAAGAAUGCCUGUUUAAGGACUAAAAAGAAGCAAAAGGUAUUUUUCUGGUUUAGUGUGCCUCAUGAUAAGCUGUUUGCAGAUGCUUUGGAAAGAGAUAUGAAGCGUGAGUCAGACGAUUUAUCGGCAACCACUAAACCUGUAAAAGAACCUGCUCUUUCCUUCAAGAUGGAUAAAUCAAGUGGGAGUGAACCUCUCUUUGACCAAAUUACGAAUCAUCUGGAAACGAAAUGGAAAUCAGUAAAGACUGCCGAUGUUGCUUCUAAUCCGAUCAAAACAGAGGAAUUUAUUCCAGCUACAGCCAGUAAUGUUCCUGUUGAUCAAAAGUCUUCUGAGACGGAUGAUUUCCCCAUUGAUUAUUUCCAAGCUGCGGACGACUAUUUCCAUGAACCAAAAUCUGCUCUGGAUCUAAACCAGGACUUUUUCAUGAGUGCUACUCCUUCGAAAGUGAAAUUUAACGAUGAGUAUUUGGUCAACCAGACGAUCCCCUUGUACACAUCUCAGAUUGUCCAGAAUGACCAGAUACCUACUAGCGCAAGACUGAUACACAAGAAAAUCGCCUCCCCUCAAGAAUCGCAGAUAGUGGCAGAUUCAAGCUAUUUUAAUGAUCAAUACUUCAAAGAAAACGAGGAUCCAUAUCUCGUCGGAAUGAAUCCCGAAUAUUACGAGACAGCUUACGAACCUGAAGCCUACCAGACGUAUGCUUCUUUGCCAUCCCAGGUCCAAAUGCAACCACAACCGACGGCAUUUGCUCCUCAAAUGUACAUUAAGACCCCUGUAUAUCUACACCCAGGGAACACACCCCACUAUAACUAUUACGACCCAACAGGCACCACUGGGAUGGUCGCUACUACAGGUGGGACGGUCACAACUCCAUAUCUACAACAAAGGACACCAAUAUAUAAUCAAGUACAGUUCUUUCCACCUCAACAACAACCACAACAACAAAUGCAGCAUACAUCGUCACAAAACAUCCAUCCAAACUACAAGAACAAUAGGGGAAUUUCCAAACCCCCUGUUAUGCGAAAGCCCGUUUUCAAGAACCCCAACUUACAACAUCUCAACCUAGAGGACUUGAAUUUACCCGCCGAGAAACAGAAAGAGUAUGGAGUUAAAAUGACGGAAUAG